AUGGGAAGCACUGCCAUGGACAAGAAGAAAGAUGCCUCCAGCAGCAGGAAAAGCUCCAGCCACAAGAAACUCAUGUUGCGAGUGCACAUCCCCGAUCUCAGCUCGUUUGCCAUGCCAUUCCUGGACGGUGAUGUGGAAAGCACAGACAAAAAUGCUUCUCGCAAGGUGGAAGAAAGCUACUCUGCUGGCAGUCCUUCCAAAGGCCUUUUCUCAAAAGGGCUCCAGAACCGACCUUCCAGCCCCGUUUCUGCCCCUGUGAGAUCCAAACAUAGCCCCGGCUCACCCAAAACAGUGUUCCCCUUCCCCUACCAGGAGUCUCCCCCACGCUCCCCACGCCGAAUGAGCUUCAGUGGGAUCUUCAGGUCCUCCUCCAAAGAGUCCUCCCCCAAUUCUAACCCGUCUACCUCUCCUGGGGGCAUCAAGUUUUUCUCCAGAUCAAGAAAAACCUCUGGCCUCUCCUCUUCUCCAUCUACCCCAACACAAGUGACCAAGCAGCCCACGUUUCCUCUUGAAUCCUAUAAGCAUGAGCCUGAAAGACUAGAAACACGGAUUCACUGUUCUUCACCUCCAGACACAGGGCAGAGAUUUUCUUUGCCUCCAUCUCAAAGCGCAGCCAAGCCUCCUAUCAUGACACCAGCUCCCUGUGCUACCUCAAAACCAGGCCAUAACACCACAGUAGGGAUUAUAGACCAAAUCACUUUGCUGGAUCAGGCACUUGAAGAAUCGGAAAGUGACAUUUAUGUGCGAUUCAUGAGGUCACACAAGUGUUAUGACAUUGUUCCAACAAGCUCUAAGCUUGUUGUUUUCGACACUACGCUACAAGUAAAGAAAGCCUUUUUUGCCUUGGUGGCAAAUGGUGUGAGAGCAGCUCCACUGUGGGAGAGUAAAAAACAGAGUUUUGUAGGAAUGUUAACGAUUACAGAUUUCAUUAACAUACUGCAUAGAUACUAUAAGUCUCCAAUGGUUCAGAUUUAUGAAUUGGAGGAGCACAAGAUAGAAACCUGGAGGGAGCUUUAUUUACAAGAGACAUUUAAACCUUUAGUGAACAUCUCCCCAGAUGCAAGCCUUUUUGAUGCUGUAUAUUCAUUGAUCAAAAACAAAAUCCACAGAUUGCCAGUUAUAGAUCCCGUCAGUGGAAAUGCACUUUAUAUACUUACCCAUAAAAGAAUCCUCAAGUUCCUCCAGCUUUUUAUGUCAGAGAUGCCAAAGCCUGCCUUUAUGAAGAAGAAUCUGGAUGAACUUGGAAUAGGAACAUACCACAACAUUGCCUUCAUACAUCCAGACACUCCUAUCAUUAAAGCCUUGAAUAUAUUUGUAGAGAGAAGGAUAUCGGCAUUACCUGUUGUGGAUGAGUCAGGAAAAGUUGUAGAUAUUUAUUCCAAAUUUGAUGUAAUAAAUCUUGCUGCUGAAAAAACAUAUAAUAACCUAGAUAUCUCGGUGACGCAAGCCCUACAGCACCGUUCUCAGUAUUUUGAAGGUGUUGUAAAGUGUAGUAUGCUGGAAACACUGGAGACCAUUGUGGAUAGAAUAGUGAAGGCUGAGGUGCAUCGUUUGGUGGUAGUGAAUGAAGCAGAUAGCAUUGUGGGUAUCAUCUCCCUUUCUGACAUUCUACAAGCUUUGGUACUCACACCAGCAGGUGCCAAACAAAAGGAGAAUGAAAGUGAAUGACUGCCGUGAAUGUACACACGUUUGUAGGAGAACUUGAACAAAGUUUCUGGGUCAAGUUUGUCUCAAGAACAGUGACUGCAAUAGAACAGAGCAGGAUGGUUGAGAAUGUGUAUUGGGACGUAGUGAUGGAUGAUGAGUCUAUUCCCCCCAGUGAUGUCGCAAAAAAAGCAGCAUGACAAAAGCUUAUGUUAAAAUGUAGGCUUGUAUUUCAAAAUGUCUUCAAAACAUUUGCUGGAAGACUUCACAUGAUGUCCUUCAUUAAAAUGCACUGUAUUCUGAAACUUCUUCAUUUUGUAUUUGACAGAAGUCACUGGUCAGCAAUGGAUAUAUGUGACAUAAGGCAAGUGUAUGGCAUAUUCAUAUCAUAGUGCCUUAUGUCAAAAUACAGCAAUAUGUCAUCACUGUUGCCCAUCACUGUCAAAGGAAGUGUUGUGCUAAACGAGACACUGUAUUUGAAUGUGAAAGUCUUUAAACCUAAAACCAAAUCAGUUUCAGUUCUCAUUAGAUUUGUCAUAAAAGCUGUAAUUUGAAUAUCGGUAGACUUCUUUAAAACUUCAAUGACAGUUUUUUGUGUUAAAUGUUGCAUUCUGAACUGAGAUGUAAAACAAGACUGAUUUUAAAAACAGCUUUAUUUAUUUUUACUUUCAUGACAAUUUUUUACACAUCUUUGGUGGAUAGCUAAAAUUUCACCAUAUCCAUUAAUAAACUGUUGAUUGUUAUACAAACAAGUGGGAGAUUUGCUCAUUAUUUAACACUUUGGAGUUGCAGAAGCUCUGGCCCGCUGAUCCGUAUCGCUUGAGCUGAAGAUUGCAGAAGCAUGGAUGGGAAAUGCUCUGUACUGUAGUGAGGUGCCAGGACACAGGCACCAUGGAGGAAGUGAGGUGCCAGAGAACAAUAUUUUCAUCUGUACUAAAGUGCAAGCAGCACCUACAGAUCGGGGACCGCAGCCAUGGCUCCAGGCGCUCCCUCUCUUUCCGCAGACCCGGCCGUGCUGUGGGGAGCCGGCAGUAAGCCCGCCCUGUGGCUGCUGAAAGCCUGCUCCCUAGCCUGGCUGAUCUCCCGUCCCGAGGACGUGAGACGCUGUAGGAAUGGAUUUUAUUUUAACGGACCAGACUGUAACACACGUGAUGGAUUUCUGUGCUUCCCUGUGCGCUUCUUUGCCCAGCAAGAGAUGUCUGUGGAAGAUGAUUAUUCUAAAGUGCUUCUUGGCCUUAGAAGGGAGCAGAUUAAGUAUGGGUUUUACCUACUCCGGAUAUUUUUAGCGGUUUAGGUGUACAAAAAUGUUUAUUAGACUUCAGCCCUCAGUAUUUUUCAGUAUCUAGAGAUGCUGUGAACUAACUUAGAGAAAUUAUCCUUUGCUGACAUUGAUCACCUGACCUAUGAAAAUAUUUUCCUGUUUUACUUCUGGAAUCUUCUCAGGUAAAAAAUCUGAGAUCUUUAAGCCCCCGCCAGACAGUAUUUGCUGUUCACUAGGAACUGAACUGCAGUUGUUGCGUAUCCGAGGCCUAUUCAUCUCUUACUUAGGAACAUUAUCCUGCUGGGAAUGUUUGGGUAAUGCAGAAAGAACCAGCCUCCCUUUCCAAGGCCUGAGCUCUUGUCCUCGCAGCAGACAAGAGGAAUCUGACUGAAGCGGUUCCAAGGCCACGCGUGGCUUUGAGCACGCUCCUCGCCAUCUUUGGAGAGAGCGUAGGGCAAGUCCGAGUCUCGGGUUUGGUCUGACUGGAAGUGAAACCACGUGCGCCUCAUCCUGUGCCACAGCAGGCUCUUUGACUGUUCGUGCUGAGCUCCCCCCUCAGUUUUGGAAGCCGUCUUACUUCAAAAGUUGACCUUUCACCAGACUGGACACUUACUAGGGGUAAUUUCCAGAGGAAAGUGUCGUUAUGAAUCAUUUAAUACUACCCUACUAUCCUCAUAAUGCGUAUUAUGCAAAAAGAGCGUUCCGCGGACGCUGCUCUUUGCUCUUAACUUCCGGUCUUAAUUUAAAUGCAGUUUUGCAAGUCAUUUUCCGAGUCCCCUUUUUGGUUUAUGAUGACUGCAGUCAGACCUGCUCCUGCUGCAGUGAAUGGGAACGGGUGACCUGUACUCACACAUCAAACUCGUUCCUUUAGAGGAGGAGGAGCUACAGAGCGCGUGCGUACCAGGGCCCGCAGCCUGUGACCUCAGUAGCCCCUGUGACUGGACUCGCAGGUACCAUUUAGUACUGAAUUAGUUCUUUAAUUAUUUUUUUUUUUUUUCCUACUGACAUUUUGCCGGUGUUUCUAGCUGAAUAUUGGAAAAAUACGAUCAUUAGAAAAUGCAGGCAGGAAUAGGACAAGUGUUAAGAUUGAACUUUGUAACCUCUGGGCAGCAAAGCCUGUGCUGUACACGUGGCAGCGCGCCCAACGCAAACAGUGGCCUUGCUGCAAAAAACUCCUCGGGAAGCGCCCGGUUUGCCAAUGGACGGGGCAGGGAAUUACAUGGGUAAUUGCUGUUACAGGUCGGAGCUGUUCUGCAUUUGGAACCCAAGCAGCAGCGUGUUUGUGGGUUUGAAUGUGCUGCGUUAUCAUAAAAAUGCGUGACUGCUGGGCUACGCUUACUCCACUAAACCCGUCACUGGUUUUCCUCUAUCACAGCAAAGCAGAUCUAGGCAAGGCAAGCCAGACACGUUCCCUUUUCUCAGCCUCCCUCAACCUCUGCUCCCCAUCUCACGGCGCACACGUACUCCGUAGUCGCCGUUCUCCCUUUUCGUAUUUCCUCUUUCAGAACCUCAGCCAUACCCGAUGUGUGGCAUCCAUUCACCAUGCCUGUUGUUCGCUUGGUUACAAUAAAAUUAAUUUAUCAUCUGAAUGGAUACGAAGGCUACAUUUGAUUUGAAGGAGUAUUGGCGGAGUGGGAUACAAAGCAGGCCUGGAAUACAGCCAGCGCGUAGGCGUGUGGUUUACGGCGCUUGUCCCAAAGUUCUCUGAACUCCUUUGCGGUUCUCAGCACAGCUUGGAAAUGCUGUAGAAGUGAAGAAGCUGGAGCAGGACCAAGGGAACACACAGGCAAAGCCCGAAUCCCCAGCACUACCACUGCUAUGGAACGCUGCACCGUGAAAUCACAACCUGAACGUCACGCUGAGGUGGUUGGAGGGGGAGAGCGUUUUGGUGACGGGCCACGGGGUGUGAAGCUGUUCAGCCCUACGCAUAGGCAUGGGAAGAGUUCAAACGAAGCGCCGUGCCCUGGUCAGACGCGUAGGACAUGGGCUUCACUGCCAGAGGCGUGCUCUCCCUUUGCACCAGAGCAGUCCAGGAAGCCCUUAAGGUUAACCUUGAAGAUUAAGGAGAAAGGCGAUGGUGGCCUUCUCACCAUCCAGAUGCUCUCAUCUCGGCUAACGCUGCUGCUGCUGGAGUAGCCGUAGCCCGGAGCGCUCCCAAAGGCCACUCAGCGCUGCCACCACAGCCCAGAGUGUGGAGAAGCAACGCAAGUUCCCUGAAAGCUUUGUAUUUGGAGUGUCCUAGUCAAGGUAGAACAAAAUACUUGCAUGAUCUGAUGGAACAAGGAUUAUUAGCCCAUUCUUUCCAAAGAACCAGCAAGAGAAGAGAAUUUUCAUUUUUCUAAAAAGUUUAAAAAACAGCCUUGCCCAGGAAAGAGGGGUUCUGUGUUCCUGCUGCAACAUGGGCUGAGUGAGCGUGGAGGGUGCGCUAAGGUGGGACAACUCUACUGUAAUCAGAGGCUGUAAAUAAAGCAGCUGAAGGGGGGGAGCAGAAACCCUGCGGUAAUGAGCUCCUAAAUGAGAGUGAACAAGUGCGAGUUAAGAGAAGCAGAUAGAGAAGGGUACGAAAGGUGGGUGGGUUAAGAAAAGGAGAGUAAGGGAAAAGACCUAAUCAAGGAAAGUGUGGCGUCAAGGAGGGAGCAAACCCAGAAACUCAGAAGUCAAAAAAUAUCGGUGCUUACCCACUCCCUGCUCUGAGCUUGUGG